AUGGUGCUGCCCUACGGCCGGAACGGCGGCGGCGCCGGUGGCUGCCYGGUCCCGGAGGAGCCCCGCGGCCGCAGCAACUCCAUUCCCCUGGCGCAGACCCCCAGGGCCAAGCACAUGCUGGCGUACCUGCCCCGGCCCSCCGACAGCAGCCGCUACGGCACCUUCCCGCACAAGCCCGAUCUCCCGGCCGCUCCCGGGGCUCCGCUGGAGGACGGCGGGCAGCAAACCGCCGCCAGCGCUGCCAAGAGAAGCGCCCCGAUGCCAAACUACCCGUCCGCACCSCGCCGCGGCGGCUUCGUCCCCGGUGAGCCGUCCCUGGCGCCGAGCCGCGGGAGCCUGAGCGCCCAGCAGCACCGCGGCCGCCCGUCCUGGUGCCCCCCGCCCGCGCCGCAAGAGCCGGGUGCCCGCUUGUACCCGCUGCACGCCCUGAGCGUGGCCAACAUCCCCAACUCCUCCCGCGGGAAGAGCUCUGCCCGCAGCUCCACUGCUCCCACCCCAGAGGGGCUGCAGAGCCGGCGCUGCAARCUGCUGGAGGAGGAGAGCCCCAUGGCCCAGGCCGGCAAGCGGCAGCGGCAGCGCUACGUAACCAAAGUGGGCAAGUGCCAGGUGAAUCUGGGCAACAUCCAGGACAAGAAGAGAUUCCUCUCAGACAUCUUCACCACCAUUGUGGACCUCAAAUACCGCUGGUUCCUCUUUGUCUUCAUGAUGUGCUACAUCGUCACCUGGGUGGUGUUCGGCUUCAUCUACUUCUUUGACGCCUGGCUGCGGGGUGACGUGGGGCACCAGGGAGAUCCCGAGUGGCGGGCGUGCAUCGAAAACGUCGAUGGCUUUGUCUCCGCCUUGCUCCUGUCGGUGGAAAGCCAGCGGACCAUCGGCUAUGGCACCCGGAUGGUGACGGCCAACUGUGCCGAGGGCGUCAUCCUGCUGAUGGCACAGUCCAUCGUGGGYUCCAUGAUCGAUGCCAUGAUGGUUGGCUGCAUGUUCGUUAAGAUCUCGCGGCCCAAGAAGCGCGCCCAGACCCUCAUCUUCAGCAAGAACUGCGUCAUCUCCCGCCGGGAUGAGAAACUCUGCCUGAUGUUCCGCGUGGGGGACCUGCGGGAAAGCCACAUGGUGGAUGCCAAGAUCCGGGCCAAGCUGAUCAAGUCSCGUCAGACGGCCGAGGGGGAGUUCAUCCCCCUGGAGCAGUCGGAGUUGAACCUGGGCUACGACACCGGCGAGGACCGUCUGUUCCUGGUGGAGCCCCAGAUCAUCUGCCACGUCAUCAACCGCCACAGCCCCUUCUGGGACAUGUCAGCCGAGUCACUGCGCCGCGAGCAGUUCGAGAUCAUCAUCAUCCUCGAGGGCAUCGUGGAAGCCACAGGGAUGACGUGCCAAGCCCGCACCUCCUACACGGAGGAUGAAAUYCUCUGGGGAUACCGCUUCGAGCCCUGCAUGUCCCUGGAGAAAGGCGCCUUCCAGGUGGACUACAGCCGCUUUGAGAUGACCUUUGAGGUGCAGACGCCGGCAGCCAGCGCCAAGGAGCUGCAGGAGCUGAAGGAGCUGGAGCAACAGGAGCACUCCACGCUCAGCCUCUACUGGGACCACCUGGUGCAGCCGUGCGUGCUGCCAGCGCCCGGUGAGGACGCGCUGCUGGCGAUGAGCGUCCCUGGCAGCGUGGCUGAGGGUGCCCAGGAUGAGCCACCCCAACGGGAAUUCCCUGCCUGAGCUGCCCUGGGGACUCUCAGAGUGGCCACCUGGCCACAUC